AUGAGUCUAUUCUUCAAAUCGCCCAUAGAUAUAGAAAUUCUUUUUGAUGGAGAGGAGUCACGUAAGCAUGUUGAAAUCCCAAACACCACAAGUAGUAGUGCUAGAACUUUGAAAGAUCGAUAUCCACUUUACGAAGACGGCGAGAGUCUCAGUGGUAUUGUCACAUUAAGGGUUAAAGAAGGGAGGAAAGUUGAACAUUUGGGCGUGAAAGUCAGUUUGAUCGGUACUGUUGACAUUUCAAAGUCAGGUACUGAGUACAAGAAACGGUCUGUUGAUAACUUUCUCUGUUUAAGCGCAGAUUUAUGUCCUCAAGGAGAACUAGUACAUUCUCAAAGUUUUCCCUUCAGUUUUAAAGAUGUAGAAAAACGUUAUGAAUCUUACAAAGGUAAGAAUGUUGAAGUAAUGUACUAUUUGAAAGUUACUGUGUUAAGAAAGUCCACCGAUAUUGUGAAACUAAAGAGGUUUUGGUGCUACCUUUAUAACUCCAUUCCUGCUACGCACACAGCUGCAACAUCAACCGAUGAGCCAAAGCCAGUCAAACUUGACAUUGGGAUUGAAAAUUGUCUCCACAUUGAAUUUGAAUACUCUAAAUCGAGAUACACUUUGAAAGACGUAAUUGUAGGUAGGAUAUAUUUCCUAUUGACAAGGUUAAAAGUGAAGCACAUGGAACUUAGCCUGAUAACAAGGGAGACAUGUGGUUUAGAACCAAAUCAGCUUUCAGAUUCUACUUCUAUCAGGUAUGAGAUUAUGGAUGGGUCACCCGUCAAAGGCGAGACUAUUCCUAUCCGCCUUUUUCUAGGUGGAUAUGAUCUGGUACCAAACGUCACUUCGAACUAUUUCAACAUCCGAAACUAUCUAAGUUUGGUGAUAAUUGAUGAAGACGGGAGACGAUACUUCAAGCAAACAGAAAUUAUUUUGUACCGUACAAGAAUCUAG